AUGGUGGAAGGCGAAGUUAGUGUGUGUGCCCCGCACGACCUGCUAAACAGGUACAGAAGUAAGUACGGUAAAAUAGACAUCGAUAAAGCGAAGGACAUCGUGCAGGAGCACUUUGGCAUUACGGAGUUGAAAGAAAAGCAAGUGGAAUGUCUAAACGCAAUUAAGAACUUCGAGCAUGUCCUUAACAUCAUGCCAACAGGAGGAGGCAAAUCACUCAUCUACCAAGUAAUCCCACUGCUCAUCGGAGGAAUCAGCAUCGUCAUUAGCCCGUUAAUCUCCCUUAUGUAUGAUCAAACAAAAUCACUAAAGAAAAAAAAUAUUGUUGCAGAGACGAUCAAUAGUUCACUCGAUAAAAAAGAAAAUGAAAAAAUCUUGAGCCUUCUGAAGAAUUACAACAAUUGCGAUAUAAAAGUUUUGUAUAUAACCCCUGAGACAGCCACUAGUGAAUAUUUUAUUAUUCUUUUGAAGGAGCUUUAUAUGAAUGAGAAGAUCGCUCUGAUAUCUAUUGACGAGGUACACUGCAUAAGUACCUGGGGAUGCGACUUUAGGAAAAGCUAUCGUAACUUAAGCAAAGUGUUGAAGGUGUGUCCAUACGUGCGCGUGUAUACCUGCACGGCUACCGCCACCAAGUCUGUAGAGAGGGACAUCAUUUUGAACUUGAACUUGGAGGUACAUCGCGGGGAGCAGCAGCAGAAAACACAGACUACUUACCAACCGAAUGAUCAGACGAAUAGGCAGACGAAUGGCCUGGCGAGCGAUAAGCAGAAUGAUAUAUCUAGGGAAACGCAGAGAGAUGCCCCGCGCAGCCGGGACCUAGAGGAAGGCACCUUCAACUUGCUGAGAAUCGUACGCACAUCGUUCAACAGACCCAACCUGAAGUACGUAAUAAUAUACAGCGACUUGAUCCACACAGAGAGGAAAAGAAGCAUUCUUCACAUCAUAGAGGAGAAGAGAAAUCUGGAUAAGAUAGGUAUCAUAUACUGUUUUAAGCGGAACACCUGCGAUGAAAUUUCCAUGUACUUAAGACAACAAGGGUUCCAAGCCCUGAGUUAUCAUGCUGGGUUGACCACCAGUGCAAGGAAGAGAAUACAAGAAAAGUGGCUCAACGGAAAGGCUAAAAUUUUAGUGGCGACCAUAGCAUUUGGCAUGGGUAUCGACAGAAAGGAUGUGUCCUUUAUUAUUCAUUUUAAUUUGCCCAUGUCGAUAGAAAAUUAUUAUCAAGAAUCUGGACGUUCUGGCAGGAACGGAAACGUCUCCUUCUGUUACCUAUACUACUCCAAGGAAGAUGUAGAGAAACAGUCUUACAUCAUUCGAAGCAGAUACUCCAAUUUGGACCAGCAAGACAUCACCAUACAGAAGAAGUUCGAGAAGGAAAUAUACAAUCUGGAGUGCAUGCACAAUUUAUGUGUCCAGGAGAAAUGCGUGCGUUCACAGAUCCUGGCGCACUUCGGCGAACGUCCACCCGCCAAGAGUAUUAACCGUAGUGGAAACAGCGACGAUAAUUACUGUUGCUCAUACUGCUCAGACGUGAAAGGCUCCAGAGACAAAAUUGAGCAAGUCAUUAAAAUGUAUCAGGAUGCGCACUGGAAUAUCCAGUCUAAAUACAACAGAACGAGUGAAGAUAACUACGUGAACUCCAUCACGAGGGACAUCAACGAAAAGAAGCAUAAGCUAAGUGACUAUUCCGAUUCGGACAAGGAACGUGGGCUAGGUCUCUAUAAAUUAACAAACAAAAAGAUCAAAGGAUUUGUUCCCUUCCAGAGGGCAUCAUCUAUAAUUUCCAAGGAUAUACGAGAUAAGGGUAUCAGUGAAGUUAUGAAGGAGCUGGAGAGAAGGGAAGAGCUGAUGGAGAACGAGCCGGAGGAGCGGACCCCCAAGAUUAGGAAAAUGAGGAAUUCCAUUUCACUCUUCAAUAGUGUGAAAAAGACGCCCGUGUUUUCGUCCUUUAAAGUUCCCCGCAAGUUGUAA